GCAGUUUAUUAAAACAGGAGUGUGGAGGAAAUGAAAGCACUUCUGAAAGAUCUGGGAAGCUAAACCGUUAUUUCAGUUGGACAUUGAAGUGCAUCACAGAGAUGUUUACACAGACCCUGGUCGUGCUGGGCUUCAGCUUGGCUCUCACAGCCACAGCGUUGCCCAUGCCCAAAGCCAAGAACGGGAAGAACUGGGUGGUGAUUGUGGCUGGUUCCAACGGCUGGUACAACUACAGACACCAGGCCGAUGCAUGCCAUGCCUAUCAGAUCGUCCACAAGAACGGUAUCCCCGAUGAGCAGAUUGUUGUGAUGAUGUACGAUGAUCUGGCUGAGAAUGAAGAAAACCCCACUAAAGGCGUCGUCAUCAACAGGCCAAAUGGCUCAGACGUGUACAAGGGGGUGCUGAAGGACUAUAUUGCUGAUGCAGUGACUCCAGAUAACUUCCUGGCAGUGCUGAAGGGUGACUCCGCUAGUGUGAAAGGAGGAUCUGGAAAAGUGCUGAAGAGUGGGCCAGAUGAUCAUGUGUUUGUGUACUUCACCGAUCACGGGGCACCUGGACUCCUGGCCUUCCCCGAUGAUGAUCUGCAUGUCAAGGACCUCAUGGAUGCCAUCAACUACAUGCAUGACAAGAAAAUGUAUAAGAAGAUGGUGUUUUACAUCGAGGCUUGUGAGUCUGGAUCCAUGAUGAACCAUCUGCCCACAGACAUUGAUGUCUACGCCACCACAGCUGCCAACGCCCACGAGUCUUCCUACGCCUGUUACUAUGACGAGGCCCGUGACACCUACCUGGGCGACUGGUACAGUGUCAACUGGUUGGAGGAUUCUGACAUGGAGGACCUGAACAAAGAGACUCUGCUGAAGCAGUUCAAGAUCGUCAAGAGUCACACCAACACUAGCCAUGUCAUGCAGUAUGGUAACAAGACCGUGGCUCACAUGAAGGUGAUGGAGUUCCAGGGCGCCUCAAAGAGCAACGCCUCGUCUGCCCAUCCCGUCUCCCUUCCUGUGGUGCAGGAGCGUGACCUCACCCCCAGCCCUGACGUCCCAUUGGCCAUCCUUAAGAGGAAGCUUAUGAAGACCAACGACAUCGCAGUCGCUCGUGGUUACCUGUCGGAGAUCAACACACACCUCAAGACCCGGGAUCUCUUGGCUGAGACCAUGCGUAAAGUGGUCCAGAAGGUAAUGGGUGGGACCGCUGCUGAUGCUGAGAAGCUUCUGAGUGAGCGCAUGGAUCUGACGCAGCACCAGUGCUACAAGAUGGCCGUCACACACUACAAAACCAGCUGCUUCAACUGGCACUCUGGCCCUCAGUAUGAAUAUGCGCUGAGGCACCUCUAUGCUCUGGUGAACCUGUGUGAAGUUGGACACCCAGCAGAAAGGAUCACGUCAGUCAUGGAUGAUGUAUGUUACUUCAGGAUGUAAUUGGCUUUGGGCCACCCACGUGCAACCAUCUGGUUUGCUGUCGCUCCGUUGACUGCUGGUGUCUGAAAUGGAUAGCGUCCUCUUUGCACUAAGAAAUCAACUUUUAAAAAGAAUACACACAACCAUUUUUGUCACACUGCAAUCACAUUAUUUUAGGAUUAUUUUUUUUCACCUUGAGAAUUUUAUUGACGUUUUUAUAUUGAAUUGUACUAAAUGUGAAAAAUGUUUUAUGUGUUUCGUUUUAACAAAAGGCUUUUACUCUGCCAACGGCAAAGGGUUAAGUCUUUCCUUUAGGAAAUGUAUUCUGUUUGUCACUACUGGAGUCUAUAGGGGGUAGAGAUUACGAGCUCUCUAUUUCCAUCAGGGUUAUAGAGUAUGGAUAUUCCAACCUUUCUGAGGCUGUAGAAUGUGGAUCCGGUUUCUUUUCUGUGUCUGUGGAAUGUGGAGUAUAGUUAGUCCUCCAAUCUAAUCCACUCUAAGGUUUUGCACCCUUUAGACCUGAUAAGGAGUCAGUCGUCUCACCAUGUUCCUAUACACUGUGGUCAUUCACUACACUAUCUGGUAUUUACUUGUUAACCCUCUCUGCUAGCUAGUUAAUCCAUCUGAUUCAUUCGCUCUAAAAGGCUGAGGAGGAAUGCUACUCUCUGGACCUGGACUGCCCAGCUGUAGGAAGAGCUGUCCAGAUUUAACCACACUGGACCUCUACUGAUGCCUCCUGUUGCCUUUAUGGCCGCCUUUCCUUUCCAUAACAGAAUUGGGGCUUUCUGGUGGCCAUCCAUGCUUGCAGUGUUCAAAAGAUGAUAUUUAUCCAAUCAGGCAUAAACUACUAUGAAGGGGAAGGUGCUUUAGUUGGUUGACAAUCUAAAAAGAGACCAAGUAAACUGAAAGUUGAAAACUUUGCUUAGUUUUGUCUUUGGUACCAGAUCAGUGUGGUCCUGAAGUUGAAACUGGACUGAGCAGUUGUGGCUUUGCUUGAUAGAUUUUUGCUUUUUUUUUGUCUGACUUGCUUCUGUGUUGGCAUGGCCUCCGAUUCAAACUAUCUUCCAAGCGUCAGUUUGCACUUGUGGACAGAGCUCUGCCUCCUCUUUUCAGAGGAGAAGUUUGCUCUGUGUGUGAAUUAUCAAAAAUAAAUUGAUACCAAAUUGA